GUGUGUUUGUGGUGAAGGCGCCACGUCGGCAGAACCACCAGGGUGAAAAGAGACCUGCGUAGCUCUGCCUGUAACUGUGAGUGAGCAGAAGUUAGAAAGCUGUACAUUAAUGCGAUAAAGACGUGAAAACCGAGCAGAAAAGGCCGCUAACAGUCAGAGCAGCGGGUUUCACCGAGAGAGAAUUUAUUUAAAUUAGAGCAGAGUUUGGCUCGGAGGCUGAAACAGAAGCUACUCCAGGCUCAAGUUUCUCUGCCAGGUGUGUUUGUGAGAGAAACACAGGGAACAAUGGUGAAGAACGUGAACAACGUUAAUGUGGAGCCCCAGCCGGGGACCAGCGUGGCCUUGGACGAAGCUGAACCCGCCUACAGCCAGUCUGCAGAGGACUCUAGUAAGGACCAUGUGGCGGCGCCCCCCGGCAUGAUGUGGCGGGUGACUGGCGGCCUCUUCAACGUCACCAAAGGCGUCGUUGGCGCCGCGGUGGGUGGAGUGGCCUGGGUGGGCGGCAAGAGCCUGGAGAUCACCAAGUCCGCCGUGACCACAGUUCCCUCGAUGGGCGUGGGGCUGGUGAAGGGUGGGGUGUCUGCCGUGGCCGGCGGCGUCUCCACGGUGGGUUCGACGGUAGCCAAUAAAGUCCCGUUCACAGCCAAGAGGAAAGACAAGGCUGAGUGAAGACGGGGAGGAGACGGAUGGUGAAGAUGAUGAUGAUAAUGAUGUUGAUUGAUGAUGGUCUUGCCCCGCCCUGAGCCAACAGAUAGAGGCCGCCAGCUGAUCUCUGUCUGCCAAUCAGACUCCACAGUGCCUUCAGACGCCUUUUCUCGGUCUUGAACAUAACAGUCUUGUCACCAUGCCGAGAUCUAGACUCUGCUGCAAAUACGACAUUCAGUACCUAAAAGUUACCAUGGCAACCCAGAAUUACCAGCAAGAAAUGCUGAGUCAUCUAAAUGCUUCAUACAAUCCUUGCCUGACCUGGAGUGCGGUUUGUACGUCUAUCACAUGGACCGGGAUCCACUUCAGCACGUGGUGAACUUCUUGAUGCUGUUGAAUAUUUUUAUCUGUUUACAAUCCAGACUGACACUCUAUCUUUUUCUUCCCUCUUUCCAGUCUACACACAUUUGGUGAAAUGUUUUCUGAAUUAUGAUGCUGAUUUUUUUUUUUUUUUUUUUUAAGUCUUAUUUUGAGAAGGUAUUGAAGUAAUGUUGAAAUCUGUGCGACAAGAAUAGUGUGUGUUGUGAAAAAAUAAAAUAUUUCAACGUUGAAACUGAGGGAGCGGCAGAGUUGUUCAGUCUGCAUCCUUCACUGUGUCUGACCUUUAACCUUUGGAAAGAGCCCCGUGUGGUGUUUUUACCCAGCAGCCUCGGAUCUGCAUGUAGGAACACUUCUCUGAAUGCAUGUCUGAAGACUGUAAUCACAUGUACAUCAACACUGGGCUGAGGUCAUUCCCACAGCUAUAUUAUUGUUGAAAUGUUUCGCAUCACUACGUCUGAAAUGUUAAAAUGCUGCGUUGGACAAGUUGACUCUUUUUUUCUUUCUUUUUUUUUUUUUUUAAGUUUAAGGCGCAAACCUUCGGCAGCAUUUGCUUCAUUGAUGGUUGUGUGUGAGGGAAAGUGCCCAAUGUUGUCUAGGGUGGUGAGUCAGUAAAGGUUGAACUUUACCUUUUCAUCAGAAGUUGAACACUGUACUGUAGUGCAGGCAACAUUCGUGAACGUUUAUGCAAUUAUAUCAGCAUUUCAAUGCAACGUUUGGAGUGAGUGGGAGCAGUUGCUGAUAAAACUUAACUAUGUGAAUGUCUUGUAUGUGUUUUUUUUUUUUUUUUUUUUCAAUAUAUCAAUAAAGUAGUUUGGAAGGUUAAGUAUAUCUCACAUUCAAACUGGAA